UGCAUAUUUGUGAAGUUGUAGAGAGAGUUUGACACGGUGCUUUUUUGCGUGAACCUAAACCAAAUGUUUGGCUAGUGCUUCCGGUAGCGUUGAAUUGAUUGCAGACACCUGACGUAGCAUACGCUGAUCAACGACCAGCGUGUUGAGGUUCCCCUCAACUCUCGCAGGAUUGUAGCUCGGUGUUGAAGGCAUUGGAAAUUAUAAUGGGGACACAAAUGUUGAUGUCGACUUUACUGUAUUAUUUUAACACCGUACUACUAUUUCACGUGGUUUUCUGUCACUGCAAGUUCAGCCAUGCCUCGUCCAACGCAGCGCACACUUUCGACGGUUACACCCAGUUUCCUUAUGAAAACCUUUUCACCCCUUUGUUAAAAGCCUUGUCAGAGCAUGGCAAAACGCGGUGGAACGCAGAACUUAAUCAAAGUGUGAAACCCGAGCUCAAGUAUAUGAAGUACAUGGUAGAAGUGCACAAGAAGUCAAGGGGUCAGAGGAGCUUGGACAGCAAUGACCUCUUCAAUACGUUGCGUCUGAUAAAGCCUCUGGAAAAAUGUCUUAACCAACGGAAUGAGAUUUCAAUGCAAGACUUGUCCUACAAACUCGAUACAGUGGGCGACAAAGAGCAGCUUCUGAAAUCCGUCAUGCUGUUCUCUUUUGACCAUGACGUUGCAGCUCCUAGCCCCUCACUGUGCUACCUCAACAUCAAAGAAGGGGAGGAUGCAAACCAGUGUCACUUGUGUCCCAGCACUGACCACCAGGUGAUGUUCACAGUUCACCAUGCAUACACGCCGCAAUGGAAGAAUUGGGUGGAGGUCGACAUCACAACCCUCUUGCUGCCAAUCUUGAAGAUCCACAAGAAAACUGUCCACCUGCUUGUCCACCUGAAUUGUUCAGAGGGCCUGGGCCCCCUCGGGGAAGGAGGGUCUGCAACAUCAUUAUUCCCCUCGUGGUCUCCGCCUUUACUUCUCUACCUGAAUGAUACCAGCAAAUCAGCGCGUCAGAAGUCCGCCCCUCCUUCCAGGGCAGGUCAAAGGUCACCGAUGGAUGAGCCACUCACAUCAGCUGAGAGGAGCGCCUUCAACUUGCAGCAAAUGCUCCGGCGCAAGAGGAGGCUUAGGAGGGCACCUCUGAAGACCAAAGGAGCCGGGCAAAGCUUGGAUCUCCAGCUCCCUGAGCUCCUGCCGAGCUCAGAGUACCCGACCAGUGACUGUGCCUUGUAUGACUUCAAGGUGGGGUUCAGCCAGCUCAAGCUGGAUCACUGGAUCGUGUUUCCCCCAAAGUACAAUCCUCGCUACUGCAGAGGGACCUGCCCCAGCACCUUGGGCUUCUUCUACCACUCGCCCAUCCACACUAUGGUGCAGAACAUCAUAUACGAAAAGCUGGACACCACGGUGCCCCGGCCGGCUUGUGUUCCCUCACACUACAGUCCCCUCAGCGUUAUGCUCUUUGAGGAGGACGGAUCCUACGUCUACAAGCAGUUUGACGAAAUGGUUGCCACAAGGUGCACUUGUCGUUGACUGAGUGUCGUUCUUUCUUGUACACGCUUAGCAAAUUGUUGACAUUACACCCCUUAAGUUAUGUUACCAUAAAUGUAUUUGGAUACUUUGUCUAGCCUCAGUGAGUGCAGGACUAUCAUGGUGCAAUUAAUAAUGUAGUUAUUUACGUAGAUCAGGUAUUUUUACUUAAUCGAGUGUAUAGUGUUAAAGAGGAAUCUUAUCCAAAAUAACUACAUUGCAGUUAUUUUUGUUUAAAACUUUAAUUUACUUUAUACACUUUAUCCCACCGAACUCUAAAUAUUUGUGAAAUUCUAUUUGUUUUAUGUUAAUUUAUUUUUGGGUGAAUGGUUUAUUAUUUAACACGAUGUAAUAGUUUGAAGUAACCUUUUACUUUUCCUUUUUGCUUCUGGGGAUACAGACAAGUUGUUUGAUCUGCAACUGUCAAUUUUAAUGUCCAGAAUCCAAAGCUGACAAAAUGAGGCCAGCUGAACGUUUCAAUGAUGUAUAACUUCUGGUAAUCAAGACCACCUAGGACAUGUUGCAUGUAUAGAGUUGUACCUGUAAAUCCAUCCGACCAUUUUUCAAAUUCAAUUCCUUCAGAGAAAACGAUGUGAUUUGAAUCGCUGUAAAAAAGGAAAUAAAAAGAAAAAAAGAAGCAGUAUUGUCCUGUGUGUUUGU